GGUCGUCAUGUCAAAACAGGCCAGCUUGCCGCCAUUAAGGUUAUGGAUGUCACAGGGGAUGAAGAGGAAGAAAUCAAACAGGAAAUUAACAUGUUGAAGAAAUAUUCUCAUCACAGGAACAUUGCUACAUACUACGGUGCUUUCAUCAAAAAGAACCCUCCAGGCAUGGAUGACCAACUCUGGUUGGUGAUGGAGUUCUGUGGUGCUGGCUCUGUCACUGACCUGAUCAAGAACACGAAAGGCAACACAUUAAAAGAAGAGUGGAUUGCAUACAUCUGCAGAGAGAUAUUACGGGUAGGUAAUAAGUGGGCACUGCUGGCCUUUCAGUUCUUCCAGGAAAUAUGGUAUGUCUUGAGAGAUAUUCUACACUGUUCAGUCCUAGUGAAAUUUGUAAGUGCUGUAGAAAUAUAUUUAUUUUAUGAGCUAGGAAUGUGAUACACAUUUGUAAUCUCAGCAUUUGGAAUGCUGAGGCAAGAAGAUUGUGAAUUCAAAGAUAGAUAGAUAGACAGAUAGAUAAUAAUAGAUUGAUAGACAGAUAAGUAUAUAUGUAUAUAGGUAGGUAGAUAAAUUGAUUGAGAGGUAGAUAAUAGAUGAUAGGUAGAAAGAUUGAUAGAUGCUAGAUGAUAAAUAGAUGAAAGAAAGAAAGAAAGAAAGAAAGAAAGAAAGAAAGAAAGAAAGAAAGAAAGAAAGAAAGAAGACAGAUAGAUAAUAGAUGAUGGAAAGACUAUAGAUAGAAUAAGAGAUAAUAGAUAAAAAUAGUUAGAUAGGUGAUAGAUUAUAGAUAAUAAGUAGACAGAUAGAUGAUAGGUACAUAAAGAAAGAAAGAAGACAGACUGACAGAUAGAUGAUAGAUGAUGGAAUGAUCAUAGAUAGAAUAACAGAUGAUAUAUAAAUAGUUAGAUAUGUGAUAGGUUAUAGAUAAUAGGUACAUAGAUAGGUGAUAGGUAGAUAGAUAGGAAGAUAAGAAAGGAAAGAAGGAAGAUAGGUAGAUAGAAAUAGGUAGAUUAUAGAUAUUAUAUGUAUAUGUAGAUACAGAUAUUGAUGGAUGGUUUAUUCUAACAGUGAUGGUUGUAACUGUGGUUUGGAGGUAGGACAGCAGUGAUAUAUCAAGGACCAUUCUAGAUGAUCAAGGUCAUCUGUAUCUUUGUGUGUAAAGUUGAAAUUGCAUGAUUUCCACAGCAAAACACUUUUUGAUGAUUUUUUUUUAUUAUAAAUCUGACUUUAGUUUGUGGGGAAGAGAUUAAGAGAUAUGCUGGUUAGUCAUUCAAAGUGUCUAUUUUCAUGAUGUCAGAUGUUGUAA